GAGAGAGAGCAGAGGAGAGAGAGAGAGAGAGAGAGGAGAGAGAGAGAGAGCAGAGAGAGAGAGAGAGAGAGAAGAGAGAGAGAGAGAGAGGGGAGAAGAGAGAGAGAGAGAGAGAGAGAGAGAGAGCGAGAGAGAGAGAGAGCAGAGAGAGAACAAAACAAAGAAAAAGAAACUAGAACGAGCAGAGAAAAACAAGACGCAGACGAACAAAAAAGAGAGAGAGCAGAGAGAAGAAUUCCAAGAAGAUCGAUCAGUUCAGAAUCAUCUCCUAGCUAAGCGUUG